AUGGCUAGCAAAGCUUGCUCUUUGCAUGCACUUCUUCUCAUCUCCACUAUCCUUUUUGCCACUACAUGGCAAGCGGUUGAUGGACGCCACAUUACUCCAAAGAACUCAAACAUACAGGACAAGAAAGAGCCUCAGUGGAUGUUCAACUCUGAUGGUGGUUUCUUUAUUCCAGGCUUUGGACGAGUAGGUUUGCCACCUUUUUUUGGGGUUACACCUCAAAAUCCAUACACUGGUGGUAGUGGAGCAGGGUCAGGAUCAGCAGGUAGAAGUUAUGUUCCAGGUGGUGAUGACACGUUUGUUCCAAACCCUGGUUUUGAGGUUCCAAAUCCUGGCAGUGGCGGUGGAGUUCCAGCUACAGUUCAUCCAUGA